CCCGCUGACGGGCCCAGGAGCCGCGCGCCGCCAUGGGGCCCGCGCUCAGGGGCCUGCUGGCCUGCAGCCUUUGGGCCCUGCUCAGAGGGGCUCCUUUGUUGCUUUAUGCAAAUAGGAGGGACUUGCGCCUGGUGGACGCUACCCACGUCAAGGAGAACGCCACGGUUCUGGUGGGCGGCUUGGAAGACGCGGCCGCGGUGGACUUCGUCUUCGUCCACGGGUUGAUCUACUGGAGCGACGUCAGCGAAGAAGCCAUUAAGCGCACCGAGCUGAACCAAACCGAGAGCGUGCAGAACGUGGUGGUUUCCGGACUCCUGUCCCCCGACGGCCUGGCCUGCGAUUGGCUGGGCGAGAAACUCUACUGGACGGAUUCGGAAACCAAUCGGAUCGAGGUCUCCAAUUUAGACGGAUCUUUGCGGAAAGUUUUAUUUUGGCAAGAGCUGGAUCAACCCAGGGCCAUCGCCUUAGAUCCCGCCAGAGGGUACAUGUACUGGACUGACUGGGGAGAAGUGCCCAAGAUAGAACGGGCCGGCAUGGAUGGUUCCAGCCGCCACGUCAUAAUCAACACGGACAUUUACUGGCCAAAUGGCCUCACCUUAGAUUACAAGGAGCGGAAACUCUACUGGGCAGAUGCUAAACUUAACUUCAUCCAUAAGUCGAACCUGGAUGGAACUGACCGGCAAGCGGUGGUUAAAGGUUCCCUUCCCCACCCGUUCGCCUUGACGUUGUUUGAGGACACGCUGUACUGGACCGACUGGAACACGCACUCCAUCUUGGCGUGCAACAAGUACACCGGGGAAGGCCUGCGCGAAAUCCAUUCCAACAUCUUCUCCCCCAUGGAUAUCCACGCUUUCAGCCAGAAGAGGCAGCCAAAUGCGACCAACCCGUGCGGGACGAACAACGGAGGGUGCUCCCAUCUCUGCCUGAUGGCUCCCAGCAAGCCUUUCUAUCAGUGUGCCUGUGCCACGGGGGUGAGACUCCUUGAGGAUGGGAAGACCUGCAAAGACGGUGCUACCGAGCUGUUGCUCCUGGCCCGACGGACAGACUUGAGGCGGAUUUCCUUGGACACCCCCGAUUUCACGGACAUAGUCUUGCAGCUGGAGGACAUCCGCCACGCCAUCGCCAUCGACUACGACCCCGUGGAAGGGUACAUCUACUGGACCGACGACGAAGUGAGGGCCAUCCGCCGCUCGUUCUUGGACGGGUCGGGCAGUCAGUUCGUGGUCACAGCCCAGAUCGCCCACCCCGAUGGGAUCGCCGUGGACUGGGUGGCCCGGAACCUCUACUGGACCGACACGGGCACGGACCGCAUCGAGGUGACCCGGCUCAACGGGACGCUGAGGAAGAUCCUGAUCUCGGAAGACUUGGAGGAGCCGCGGGCCAUAGUGCUGGACCCUACGGCCGGGUACAUGUAUUGGACCGACUGGGGAGAGAACCCCAAGAUCGAGCGCGCGGCUCUGGACGGGUCCGACCGGAUGGUGCUGGUGAACACUUCCCUGGGCUGGCCCAACGGCCUGGCCCUGGACUACGACGAGGGCAAGAUCUACUGGGGCGAUGCCAAAACGGACAAGAUCGAGGUGAUGAAUGCCGAUGGUUCGGGCCGGCGGGUACUGGUGGAGGACAAGAUCCCCCACAUCUUCGGGUUCACGCUGCUCGGAGACUACGUCUACUGGACCGACUGGCAGCGGCGCAGCAUCGAACGGGUGCACAAGCAGAACGCCGAGCGGGAGAUCAUCAUCGAUCAGUUGCCGGACCUCAUGGGCCUGAAAGCCACCAACGUCCACCGGAUCAUCGGCUCCAACCCGUGCGCGGAGGAGAACGGCGGCUGUAGCCACCUGUGCCUGUACCGGCCCCAAGGGCUCCGCUGCGCCUGCCCCAUCGGCCUGGAGCUCAUCAGCGACAUGAAGACCUGCAUCGUCCCCGAGGCCUUCCUCCUGUUCUCCCGCCGAGCGGACAUCAGGCGCAUCUCUCUAGAGACCAACAACAACAACGUGGCCAUCCCCCUCACCGGGGUCAAGGAGGCGUCCGCCCUGGACUUCGACGUGACGGACAACCGGAUCUACUGGACGGACAUCUCCCUCAAGACCAUCAGCAGAGCGUUCAUGAACGGCAGCGCCCUGGAACACGUGGUCGAGUUUGGCCUGGAUUAUCCAGAAGGAAUGGCAGUGGACUGGCUGGGGAAGAACCUGUAUUGGGCCGACACGGGAACCAACCGCAUCGAAGUGUCCAAGCUGGACGGGCAGCACCGCCAGGUUCUGGUGUGGAAGGAUCUGGACAGCCCGAGAGCCCUGGCGCUCGAUCCCGCCGAGGGAUUCAUGUACUGGACCGAGUGGGGAGGAAAGCCGAAGAUCGACAGGGCGGCCAUGGACGGAAGCGAGCGCACCACGUUGGUUCCAAAUGUGGGCCGGGCCAACGGGCUGACGAUCGACUACGCAAAGAGAAGGCUGUACUGGACGGAUCUGGACACCAACCUGAUCGAAUCGUCCAAUAUGCUCGGCCUCAACCGGGAAGUUAUAGCCGACGACCUGCCUCACCCCUUCGGCCUGACUCAGUACCAGGAUUACAUCUACUGGACGGACUGGAGCCGCCGCAGCAUCGAGCGGGCCAACAAGACCAGCGGCCAGAACCGCACCAUCAUCCAGGGCCACCUGGACUACGUGAUGGACAUCCUGGUCUUCCAUUCCUCGCGCCAGGCGGGCUGGAACGAGUGCGCGGCCAGCAACGGGCACUGCUCCCACCUCUGCCUGGCCGUGCCCGUCGGCGGCUUCGUCUGCAGCUGCCCAGCCCACUUCUCCCUGAACCCGGACAACAGGACGUGCCGGGCGCCUACGAUGUUCCUGCUGUUCAGCCAGAAGAACGCCAUCAACCGCAUGGUGAUCGACGAGCAGCAGAGCCCCGACAUCAUCCUCCCCAUCCACAGCCUGCGCAACGUCCGGGCCAUCGACUACGACCCGCUGGACAAGCAGCUCUACUGGAUUGACUCGCGACAGAACAUCAUCAGGAAAGCGCAGGAAGAUGGCAGUCAGAGCCUGACGGUGGUGGUGAGCUCAGUCCCAAAUCAGAACCUGGAUAUGCAGCCCUAUGACCUCAGCAUCGACAUCUACAGCCGCUACAUAUACUGGACCUGCGAGGCCACCAACGUCAUCAACGUCACCCGGCUGGACGGGCGGCCGGUCGGAGUGGUGCUGAAAGGGGAGCAGGACCGGCCCCGGGCCAUCGUGGUGAAUCCGGAGAAGGGGUACAUGUACUUCACCAACCUCCAGGAAAGGUCUCCCAAGAUUGAAAGGGCAGCUCUGGACGGGACGGAGCGAGAGGUCCUCUUUUUCAGCGGUCUCAGCAAACCCGUAGCGCUGGCCCUAGACAGCCAGCUGGGCAAGCUGUUCUGGGCCGACUCCGAUCUCCGAAGGAUCGAAAGCAGCGAUCUCUCAGGUGCCAAUCGGAUCGUGCUGGAAGACUCCAACAUCCUGCAGCCGGUGGGGCUGACUGUGUUCGAAAACUGGCUGUACUGGAUCGACAAGCAGCAGCAGAUGAUCGAGAAGAUAGACAUGACGGGCCGCGAAGGGAGGACCAAGGUCCAGGCCCGCAUCUCCCAGCUCAGCGACAUCCACGCCGUGAAGGAGCUGAACGUCCAGGAAUACAGGCACCACCCUUGCUCCCAGGACAACGGCGGCUGCUCGCACAUCUGCAUCGUCAAAGGGGACGGCACCACUCGCUGCUCCUGCCCGGUGCAGCUGGUUCUGCUGCAGGAUGAACUGUCGUGUGGAGAGCCCCCGACGUGCUCCCCGCAGCAGUUCACGUGCUUCACGGGGGAGAUCGACUGCAUCCCCGUCGCCUGGCGGUGCGACGGCUUCACGGAGUGCGAAGACCAGAGCGACGAGCUCAACUGCCCCGUGUGCUCCGAGGCCGAGUUCCAGUGCGCCAGCGGCCAGUGCAUCGACGGCUCCCUCCGCUGCAACGCCGACGCCAACUGCCAGGACAAGUCGGACGAGAAGAACUGCGAAGUGCUCUGCCUAAUGGAUCAGUUCCGCUGUGCCAACGGACAGUGCAUCGGCAAACACAAGAAAUGCGAUCACAACAUGGACUGUAGCGACAAGUCAGACGAGCUGGAUUGUUACCCCACGGAGGAGCCGGCGCCCCAGGCCACCAACACCGUCGGCUCGGUCAUCGGAGUCAUCCUCACCAUCUUCGUGUUCGGAGCCAUGUAUUUCAUCUGCCAGAGGGUGCUUUGUCCACGCAUGAAAGGAGACGGGGAGACGAUGACCAACGACUACGUGGUCCACGGCUCGGCCUCGGUGCCCCUCGGCUACGUGCCCCACCCCAGUUCUCUGUCCGGCUCUCUGCCGGGAAUGUCCCGGGGGAAAUCGGUGAUCAGCUCCCUCAGCAUCAUGGGGGGAAGCAGCGGACCUCCCUACGACAGAGCCCACGUCACCGGGGCCUCCUCCAGCAGCUCCUCGAGUACCAAGGGCACGUACUUCCCGGCGAUUUUGAACCCGCCUCCGUCUCCGGCCACGGAGCGUUCCCAUUACACCAUGGAGUUUGGCUACUCGUCCAACAGCCCUUCCACUCACAGGUCGUACAGCUACCGGCCGUACAGUUACCGGCACUUCGCGCCCCCCACGACCCCCUGCAGCACGGACGUGUGCGACAGCGACUACGCGCCCAGCCGCAGGGUCACAGCCGGGGGGGCCGCCAAGGGGUACGCCAGCGACCUCAACUACGACUCGGAGCCCGUGCCCCCGCCCCCCACCCCCCGCAGCCAGUACCUGUCGGCGGAGGAGAACUACGAGAGCUGCCCGCCGUCCCCCUACACAGAGAGGAGUUACUCUCACCACCUCUACCCGCCUCCCCCGUCCCCGUGCACGGACUCCUCCUGAGGAGCGGCCCCCCUCCUCUGCCUGCCUCCAACGCCCGCCGGGAAAGGCCGACGGGCGGAGACCUGGAGGGGGGGAGGGGGCGACCGGAGAAGGACGAGGCAGGCCAUGUACAGUUAAAAGUUAUUAAA